AUAUAUCCCUUCUCCCAUCGUGAAUAGACUAUAAAGUGCGCAAGUACUCUUGCGCAAAUAUGUUCAGCUUAACUCUUCCAGGGCAUCAAAUGCAUUUGUACAUAUAGUUUGAGAGAGUGCUCUGAAAGUAUACCAUGCUGCCGCGUCGAUUAUUUUUCUGCAUUUUUUUCCAUCAAAUUUUCCUCACUGGGAGAUCUACAGAAAAAACGUGAAGUAAGGUUUAUAAAUUUAAAUUAACAUCUUGGGAUUAAUCGAGAUGGCUGAGGGUGGAAACGACAAAGGAAAUAAUCAUAUUUCAUCAAGUCAAACGGAAAUUAAUGAAUGCUUAGCUAGUUGGUUGACUUAUUUGCAGAUGCUAAACGAUUUAUGUUCGGCGGGUACAAAAUUAGCACAAUCUCUUCACGAUUCAGUUGCCCAAUGUAGAUUAACGGGUCAGUGUUUGUCAGGAUGGGAUGAAUUGACAAGAGCAACAAACGUUGCCAGUAACACUGUCAAAAAUCAUAUUGUCGCAUCUUUAAAGGAUCAUGAGAUUCUCGAAAAUAUUGGCGAUAAACACGACAUACUUCGUGACAAUCUGUUGACCUUCAUAAAUCUUCAGUAUCAGUUUUGCGUCGCAUGUUGCGAAUGUCUCGGUGGAAUGGCUGAAUGUUCUUGUUCGCAAGCGGGAAAUGUUGAAUGUGAUAUUGCAGCUCUUCAGCAAUGUUUUGAACGUUUAUAUAGUUCACCACCACCUUUAGCUGCAUCUACUCAACAAUCACAGCAAAAUUGUCAUAGAUCGCCUUUGCCGUAUCCCUUGUUUCCACUUCAGUUUCAGCGAAGGUGGUCAGAAACAGCAGCUGCUGAAAUGUGCGGUGAAGCAGCAUAUACAGUGAGAAGAUGGUCAAUGCCUUGGGACUGUCGACAUGUGACAGAAUGGUCUCGUCAGGAUAUGAGAAAUAGACUACGUGUACCACUUCAGGAUCGUAGCAGGUCUACAACACCUGAUUCUAUUUGGAAAUCAGCAACAAUGACAAGUCAAGAUGGACUUCGUGAAGCAAUUCAACUUCUUUCUUGUAAACCAGGCGUUAGACCUGCUAAUCAGCUUUCGACUUUUGCUAGUCAACACAUUCCUGGUGUAACAUUGACAACAUGUACCUAUGAAGCGAGUUACGAGAAUUCCAUUUGGCCCGAUUCUAGAAGAAUGGGCUCACCCCGAUGUUGGCCUCAAGAUUCUCAUUCAAGUGAUCAUUCCGAUGGUCAUCGUGAUAGCGAUCAAAGUGGACAUUUGUCCGAACACAGUGGAGGUGACAGUCGAGAAUCUGACGCCGGAACCACAGACGUUUUGCCUUCACGAAAAAGCAGCUCAUCUACUGAUUCAUGCAUAUCUGCUCAUAGUCGUUCAGGUUCAGAAAGCGCUGGCGCUGGGGAAUGUGCAAGAUCACAAUUAUAUUCAAUGUGGAGUGGUGGCGAUUUGCCUUUCAUAAAACUGCCAGAAAGUACAGAAAUUCGCGAUGAACAUCCACCAGUUUAAAAAAUGAAAAAAAGAAAAACAAAAACGGAAUUUUUAAUUAACUCCAAUAAAAAUAUGGACAUGUGCAAUAAGUGGGUAAUAUUGAAGAAUCAUAAAAUGCCAAAGAAAUUACUCCAAAAUUAAAUACAAACGCCCCAAUCGAGAAAUUAAAUGCUCACGAUUUAAAAAAAAUAAUAUUAAAUACCAAAGACUUUAAACAAAAACUAAAACUUUAUAACGAGUGUUUAAAGUUUUAAAUUUUUAUUAAAAUCUUAAUUUUUUUUUCAAUUUUGUAAAAAUCAAUUUCUAAUAAUACUGGCCUUUGGUCUUCAAAGAAGAAUGCGAGCUUUACAAUUUAAAACAUUAACAAAAUAUUUUAAAUUAAUCAUAUUUUAUUUAUUUUAUUCUAUCUUAAUUUAUCCAUUCACUGAGAAGGAAAAACUCAUUGAGUAAUAUAAAAAAAUCUAAUUUCAAGGUGAAAAAAAAUUACGGACCAAAAUUAUUGUUGAAUGUAGAAUUAAAUUUGACAAUUAGUCAAAAAAUAAAUAUUAUAAUUCUAAAUGUAAAUUUAUUAUAGAAUGAAGAAAAAUCGGCGAAGCUAGAUUUUUCCAAAGUUAAAUUAAUUGAAAACAUAAUUAGCGAAAUAUAUAGCAAAUUAGUUAAAAAUUUUACUGCCAAAAAAAAAUGUUUAACUGAAGAGAGAGAAACUAGCUCAAACUAUUGUGAACUUAAGCUUUUCGCUAUUUAAAUAAAAAAAAAAACGACUGAGAUAAAGGAAACUUAAAAUUUUCAAGUAUUUGCUCAGGUAGCAAAUUCAUUUUUAAUCGUAGUAUAAGUCUGUAGAAAAUUUAAUAAAUCAUAAAAAAACGUCUUUUUAUUCUAAAGAAUGACAAAAUAAAAAAUUGCUUUCACGAACAUUUUCUUUAAUUAAAAGAAAUUGUUUUAUUCGAAUUUCAUUUUAAAAUUAAAUUUUAUAAAAUAAAUUUUAAUAAAAAAAUAAUUUUUAAAUAAAAAAAAAACAAUUUUUCAAUCAAAGAAUAAUUUUUUAAGAAAACCAAUUUUUAACCAAAAAAAAUAAAUUUGAAUUAAAUUAUAAUUAAAUAUAUUUUUAAAAGUUGGAAUUAUAAUUUUUAAUAAAAAUUAAAAAUUUGCUCGAAAGCAAUUUUGAUACACGUCAUUUAGAGUUGAACUGGAAAUAUGUCUCUCGUGAAUACGAGCUUUAUUAAGCGAAUGAUGAAUUUUAAUGUGUGAUUAUAUAAAAUUAAUAAAGAACGAUUAAUUUCAACAAUUAGCCGAGCUAAUUGUUGGAAAAAAAAAAAUAAAAUCUCUUCCAUCAACACAUUUGAUAAUCAUAAUAACGUUAAAAUGCUGUCUAACAGCGUUAUAAUAUAUUAAGAAUUUGUAAAAUUGCAAUAUAUAAGUUUUUAAUCAUCAUCUAAAUAAAUUAGUUAAACUCGAAAUGAUGAAAAUUUCAAUUUCUAAAAAAAUUGCAUUUACUACUUUAUAUAGAAAGGCAGGCCUCAUAUAAA